AUGACGAUCGAAAAUUCAAAACUGGGCAAGUCAGAUUUGCCACCAUCAUACGAUGACUCCGAGCGCGAUGCUGAGAAAGCAUGUGACUCCAAGACGGCCACCUCCAAUAUGAAACGGAAAAACGUACCAUACCGGCCCUCACCUGAACAACAGCGACAAAUCGAUCUUUUAUCAAAUGCCAGUUCCAAUAAUUCAAAGCUGCAUUCACGACUAACCACAGUGAAUAGUGCAACCCGUACAGAGUAUUUUGAUUUACUACCAUCUUUUGAAAUGUUUCAGAGUAUUCUUAAACGUGAUGAUCGUCAAUUUCAAGAGGAUUUGUCCAGAUCUCCACCGCGAUAUGGCGACACCCAGAACAGCACCGCUAGCCAUAAUGCCUCUUUGGCCCUGUCACCGCGACAAUCGAUUGACCAAGCUCUACACAACUCUGUCCCGGAGUAUAGGAUAGAACAGGAGUUGGAAAGACAGCGGGAGCGUGAACAUGGUAUCUACAGUGAAGUUACCUCAGGACCAUCAUUGAGUCCUGUUGCUUCUUCCCCAGGCUUACACAAUCAGAACAUGGCUGUCACUGAAGACACUUAUGGCGCUUCACCUUUGGACAAUAUAGAUAGAUUGAACAAAGUGUCAAAUUCCGCCAUUGACAUUCAAAUAUUCGUCACCAAGACUGUCCCACAGCCCAACGCAAAAAGUGAUAUGGAGUCACGAUUGAAAGAAUAUACUAGUGGGGACCACGUUAAUGGUUAUAUUGUUGUAACCAACACCUCGUCCUCGCCUGUUGAAUUUGGUCUUUUUACAGUCUCACUUGAAGGAACAGUUAAGUCGACGGAAAGAAACGCCAAUGCAUUCGACUUCAGCAACCGGUACAGUCGAAUUUUGAUGAAGAAGUUUCUCAAGAUGUACGACUUAAGUGCAAGCUAUGGGUAUACAUACGUCCCAAAUAGUGCCGGCAUAGAGUACGAGCCAUUUACGGUGGACGAAAUGGAUGGCUGCUCCAUUGGCUUACCUGAUAAUAGGAUCUUGCAACCAAAGACAAAGUACAAAAAAUUUUUCACAUUCAAGUUCCCACAUAGCUUGUUAGACAAUGCUUGUGUUAAUUUGGUACUUCCGCACUUGUUGCCACCUCCAUCCAUGGGUGUGGACAAGACCUGUUUUUACAACCGAGGCGAAAGUAUAACUUUCAAUAAGGCUUUGGGGUAUGGUAUGUUGAACGUACGCGGGACUCCUUUGUUAACAAAGGAUUUUGGUUUUGAGGACAUGAGUGUUUCUUACUCGAUUGAAGCAAAAUUCAUUGACAAGGUCGACUCAAAAGAGGCCGUGUCUCAUCAAGAUAUAAACAAUGCCAAAAGUGAUUACGUGAUCUCUAAAAGCGCUCAAUAUUUUCUUCGGUUCGUUCCAGAUUUGAAGGAGCAAGUGGCAUAUUGUAAAUUGCACAAUAUUGGAAAUUUCCCUGCCGAUGGCCUUGGUGGAAAGUUUUUGGAUCAAUUGAAAAACAAUACUACCUGGAGUUCGAUUCAGCAAUUGAACAACCAAGUUGAAAAAGAAAUUGAUCAAAAGCUCAACAGUGAAGAGUUGUCACCUCUUGAAAUGAAGUUGAAAAAUUUGGAGAUUCAUGAAGAUUCAAAGAUAAUUGAGAAUGAAACCUUUGUGACAACCAACCGACCGGUUGACAUAUACGGAAAAAAGAAGAAGUUGAUUCUAUCGUCAUUGAUGAAGUUGGGGCUGCUGACAAUGUCCAUUAAUUUCCCCGAUAAAGUUAUACCGUACGGCUCACCUGGAUUGCUAAUGAGGUAUAACAACGGUGAGGACAAUUCCUUGCAACCAGUGACCAGUAAUAUGGAAGAGCUUUAUAAUCGUGGUGCGGAAGAUAUACUUGAUACCAUCGAGGCUGAUUUAUGCUUUGAGAGUGAUAGCAACAUCAGGCCACAGCCAAUAAAAGUUAAGACGAAUAUAGUGGCGUGGUCAUACAACACUGAAUACCCACUUCCGUUUGAAAUCGGGUAUGACUUUUUUUACAAAAGUCACGAGAAUGCACUGAAUGACUCUGUGGAAACAACUGAAAACAACUUGCACCUCAUCAAGAAUCAGGUUCACAACUACCUCAGUUUCCUAAAAUCAAACUCCCUUAUAAUUAGCAAAGAGUCAUUCAUGUACUUGAAGUCAGUACAGAAGUUGGGAAUCAAAAAGGAUACCAUAAGAGACUAUUUUCAGAGCAGUAUUGAAGAGCCAGAUUGGCAAAUUUCACAACUAAGUAACGGAAAAUUCAAAUGGACCAAACGGUUAAAGAUAUCCUUGGCGAUAGAGAACAAACACAAUGUGACGUUGUUACCCACGUUUCAGAGUUGUUUGGUGGGAAGGUUGUACUGCUUACAGGUGUCAGUCAAGUACAAGGGGACAAAUAGUGAACAAAAUGAGUUUGCACACAACGUGGUUAGUUUAGAUGUCCCGGUGUUGGUUGGUUGA